CUUACAACGGUCGCUUCGUAAGUGUCUUCCUUUCGCGAAAAUGGCGCGAGUUGUGAAAUUAAUACAAACUCUCUUUAUCCUUUUGCCGGUAUUAAACGGAUUACUCGCACCGACACCCGUCGACGCCACUGAGGACAUUACACUGAAAUGCGAUGAAUUUGAGCGCAUGUACGAGAUGUCGGCGAGUGAGGCAUAUUGCACAGUCUCCGGCUUCGUUGUGUCGCACAGUCAAAUCGUGAAAAUGCAAAAAUACGCCAAAGCGAAUAAUACGAAAUUUAUGAAGUUUUACGAUUCGCGGUUAUUAUAUGUACCCUUCAAGUUGUUUGAUGUGUUUGCAUGUCUGAAGACGCUGGAUGUGUCCUUCACCGAAAUUUUGGAUGUGCCACGCAAUACUUUUGGUGCAGCAGGCAACUUGACCGUGCUUAAUAUGAGUAACAACAACAUCACUCAAAUUACUACAUCUGUUUUUAUGGGCGCUAGCAAUUUGAUGAGGCUCGACCUCAGCCACAAUCACAUUGAGCUGUUGAAUGAGAAUGCUUUCAGAGGUUUGAGCAGUUUGGACAAGCUACAACUUUCAUACAAUUCAAUUCAUGAACUGCCGAAAGAUCUAUUAAUAGAAAAUCAGUAUCUGGAGGCGAUAGCGAUAAACAAUAAUCAAUUGGAGUACAUAGAACCGGAAGUGUUUAAUCGGCUGCGACGCCUCAACGAUGUCAACUUGUCCUACAACAACAUCCAUCGCAUACAUCCUGACAGUUUUCAGGCUGCAUAUGGAUUGGAAAGCUUACUAUUGACAUCUAAUAACUUAACUGAAUUCGAGCUGGGUAACAAGAGUAUUCUGUCGCAGCUGCAAGUGGAUUACAACAAUUUGACGCGCAUCUUCAUCAACGGCACAAAAUAUGUGCGUGCCGAUCACAAUCGCAUUGCCGAGGUACAAAUGAUCAAUACACUCUUUCUGGAAACGCUGUUGCUCGGCUCCAAUAACCUGAGUGAUAUCGCUAACAUCACCAAUAUAACCGGUCUGCUUCAGCUCGACGUGGCCAACAACCCCAUUGGCCCGGUCAAUAUCACCACCUUCGAUCGGCUGAAGCGGCUACGUAUGCUAUCAUUGCGUGACAUCGGUCUGCGGCAUCUCACAUUUGGCAUGCUCUCCAAACAGCUCAGUCUGGAGAGCCUCGAUUUGUCAUACAACAAUUUGACCGAACUGAAUUUAGAUAUAUUUGUGCCUUACUUGUCCAAUCUGCGUUAUCUUUUUGUAGACGGUAACAAUUUGACAGAGGUGCAAGGCAAAGGUGGUUUCUCUUACGCCUUUCCGAAUCUCUCCAAACUGGGGGUGUCGCGUAAUCGUUUCAACUGUACCUACCUGCAUACAUUGCUAGUGCCGCCACAACUCUCUACCUCGGUGAUGCUGCACAUAGAGCCGGAGGAGAGUGCCGCCGAGCGCGCACACAUACGUGAUGUCUCAUGCAUUAGCAAUACUAUGGCGACGGAGAAGGCCUCCUUGCAGGAGGUUGAGCAUGAAUUGAACGAUAUGAAUUCGUUGCAGAAGGUUUUGCAACAAUCGAUGAACACUUUGCGUCUACACGAACAACGCCUGGAGUUGUAUUUGCUGUUGAUGAAGAUCGCUUUGCUGGCGAUGAUUGUUUUGUUGAUCGGCGUGGUGACGGUUUACGCGUGGAAAAUCAAAAGACGUGACUACUUUACAAGACGUGGCGCGAGUAUAGUUUUCCACUCGAGUGCUACGGUUAAUUCCAAUAUGGAGCAUUGAAGACAAGUGAAAGGAUACAAAAACCAAAGAUUAUGUUAUGUGUGCUUGUUUAAAUUAGUGUUUAAGGAAUAUAACUGACUACUUAGAUAUUACAUGAACUAAAGUUAUUUGGUGAAUUUCGCCUAAGAAAACUUCAAUUUAAAUAAAUUACAAAGAAAUUAUAAAAUUCUAA